UGAGCAUUAAGCAGGACGAAUGUAGACAUUAUAACCUUUAUACGCACAGCGGGUGAUGGUGGCACCAUCGUGUACUGACGAGCUCCGUGCAGCGUUAUGGCAACACGGAUCCCCAUCACUAAGGACUCGUUUGGAUUUGAAGACCGUCAAGACGACAUUUGGCAGAAGAUGGAGCACGACAUGGAGCGGAGGAGGAAGGAGUGGGAGAAUGAGAUAGAGAAGAUGUCCACCGACUUCUUCUCCAUGAGGCCAGACCGAACACAGCGCAGCUUCGACCCUAUCCAGGAAAGAAUCGGCAUCGCUGAGAGCCACGACGACGGCAAGAGCGUCAUUGAGAAGAACGAGAACGGUCAACCCGUGUUCAAGGCCAGGUUCAAUGUCAAGGACUACAAACCGGAAGAGGUCAAUGUCAAGAUGGACGCCAAUAAGAUCAUCGUCCAGGCCAAACAUGAGGAAAACAGCGGGGGAGCCUCUGUGAGUCGGGAAUACUGCCGGGAGGUCAACAUUCCGAAGGAGAUCGAUCCUCUAGCCCUGCAGUGCAGCAUCUCCCCCGAGGGGAAACUAACAGUAGAAGCACCAAUCCCUGUUCCCGACUACCAGAAGGACGCGCCCGUACCACUCCCCGACUAUCAGAGGGAGGCGAACGUACCAGCCCCCGACUAUCAGAGGGAGGCGCCCGUGCCAGCCCCCGACUAUCAGAGGGAUGCACCUGUACCAGCCCCCGACUAUUUGCGAGAGGCCUCGGGUACUCCAACAAAGAUUAGCAUCAGCCAAUCAUCUAACGCUUCUCACUCCCCAUAUCAUUCAGGGACGUCUUCGCCAGCAUCGUUCCAACAUCCACAAUCACAACAAAGGGUUUCUACACCGCCUUAUAAGACCCAAGCACAAUUCACACCUUCACCUGUCAAUCAACCCCAGCAAUUCCAGUCUCCCCCCUCCUCAGGUCAAUUUCAACAGACAUCUGGCUCAUCGUAUGGUCAAUAUCCGUCACACACGGGAUCUUCUGGGCAGUUCCAGGUUCCUCCCUACCAAGGACAGAGCUAUUCUAAAACGCCUCAAGCUUUCAACACACCUGCCUUCAAUUCCUCAUCCGCGCAACGCACAGCUUCCCCUGUGAGCUUCACAGAGAAGAAGUUCAAGAUCGACGCUGACAUCGAGGAUUUUAACCCGGAAGAUCUAACUGUAAAGACCCUGGACAAGAAGAUCGUUAUCACAGCGCGGAAAGAGGUCAAGUCGGGCAACAGAACGUCAACUCGCGAGAUGAGCCGAGAGUUCGCCAUCCCCGAAAUGGACCCAUACACCGUCAAGGCUUUCUUCACCGAGGGCGGGAAACUUAUCCUGGAGGCUCCGUACAAGCAGACGACUUCCGGUCAGUACUCCAAUGGCGGAGGAGUCAACUGCAGCUCGCCUAUGACAGGGAGGUAAACGUGUGAACUUUGUUCAAGAGAAGGAUAUUAUUUUCCGAAGGACGAAUGACUUGUGGGUAACAUUCUGGCUGUUUGAACCGGGAGUGAGGUGACGUUGGCGUGUGGACACUGGGAGCAGCCAGCUCUUGUGUCAUGGUGCUGGUGUAUGUGCAAUCAACAUUUCAGAGAUUCCAGAUCGCCCUGUUGAUCACGUGGUACCAAUAACUUUCACUGCAAAUGAUAUUUUUAAAGCAACCAAGUAACCAAAGCAAUCACGAGUUAUUUCCCUUUGACCAUUAGUGAUGUAGUCGAUGUUGUACCGUGGUGCAUUGCUUUUUGCUGUUCCUACAAGAGUAGUCUCCCUUGAUGGAACAAUUUUUAUUGGCACCGUUCGUCAUACUUUUGUUGGUAUUUUAAAAAUAUUUGUUAUGAGUUCAUAUUAAUUAUACAUGCGAUAACUUAUUUAUACCGAGACAACACAAAGGGUCAGUGACCUCAUGUGAUCAGUAGCCAAGUAUUAAGCCACCAUGGUUCGGACACAAUGCCGUGGUGAACUUCUUGUCCGUGUAUUAAACAGUGUCUAUGUAUCACACUGUUAGUCAGACCUAUACGUAGCCCUUGAAUGUAGCCCUAGACUCAGGAGGAUGAGCUGGUGACAUGUAGUAUGCGCGCGUCCACAUGGAAAUCGCGUGACAUCCACGAGGACUUGUAGACACAAUCUAGAUGUUCUGAAGAUCAUUAUGUUAUUGGAGAGUUGUUAUUGGAAAAUAUUAAUCUAGCCAGAGAAUAAAACAUAUGUUCAUAUUUUUAACACCAUGCUUUUUUUCAAAGAAUGUCAGUAUGAUUUGUUAGAUAUACUAGAUACUGAUAGAUAUGUUACUGCUAGAUCUGUUUUGGAGGAUCAGCUGCUGCUAGGUGUGUAAAGAUUUGAGGUGUGAUGAAGACUGCUUUUUGAUCUAUUACUGCUUGGGAGUAGAUCUAAUAUUCCUAAAAUAUCCUCCUUCAGUUCCUGGCUCCAGCUGGACAUUAGAUCUGUGACUAAUGACUGGAUGUGUACAGGGUGCAGCAUUGGUGACUGCAACUAAGGUGUCACGUGUUCGGUGCCGUCAGAAGGUGGCAGCACUCAGACAAUAUCUUAUGCAUUUCGUUUAUUAGUUUACGUCCAACUGCAGAUGCCUUUAUUAUAUUAUUUGAUACAUUUAUUGUCACCUUUUGUAAAUAAAGUAUGUAUUCCAUGA